AAAGCACGCGAUUUUUAGUUAGUUUCGUCCGGACCGGCGCGCGAGGUGGACUUACGCACCCUCGUUUGAAAACGAGCUGAAACUCGCUGAACACAUCCAAUGUGUAUACAAUAAAUUUUUUAUCAAACAAAAUGUGUAAAACUCAGUGUUUACUCGCGGCGAUCUCGCUUACAAUCGGCCUAGUUAACGCAUGGGAUAUCGCAAUAACCACUGGGGACCAAUUAGAGUUUUAUAGCAACCAAACCAAAAUUAACAGUGAAGGGAUGCGCUUUAGAGACCUCACAGCACUUGCCUACGAUGCAGUACACAAUAUGCUACUGUUUGUAGACAGACAGAACGAUAACGCAUCUAUAUUUAGUUACCAUUUAGCCACUAAGAAAUACCAGUCAUUAGUUAGAAGGAGAUCGUUUGAAAACAUUCAAGGACUGGCAUUUGAUCCUGUGAUGAGUUUACUUUUCUGGACAGAUACCAAUGAGAGAAGCAUAUUUUGGAUUUCAUUGAAGCCGGGCUCGAAGAACGAAUUAUAUGGAAAUCUUUUGAUCAAAAUGGAUGAUGAGAUGCCUAGAGCUAUUGCCGUGGACAGCUGUAGAGGAUAUAUAUAUUGGACUAAUACAAACAUUACUAAACCUUCCAUAGAAAGAGCCAGAUUCGAUGGUACUGAUAGGAAAGUUGUAGUUAACACAGACCUCUUCAUGCCGGUCAGCAUAGCGGUUGAUCAAAGAACUAAAAGAUUGUACUGGGCAGAUGACAAAGAAGGGAUACAUUAUUCUAUAGAAAGCUCAAACUUAGAUGGCAAUGACAGAAAAACCGUACUUUCUGGAACAUAUCAUCAGCCAAACACGUUAACUAUUUCCAAAGAUUCCGUAUAUUGGGUGGACUGGGGAUUCAGAUCAGUGUGGAAACUCGCAAAAGAUGCGUCAGCUGACGUAGAGCCAUUUGAACUUCUCAAGUUCAGCAACGAAGUACCAUUUGGUAUUGUUGCAAAUUACGAUAUAUCAGAUCAGAUAGAAGGUAGCAAUGAUUGUGCGGCAUUGCAAAGGUUAUCGCAAAAUAAGUCUGCGAUAAACGAUACAUUUAACAUUCCAAGAGACAUUGGAUUGUUUUGUCUUCAUGGAGUCAAGCUUGAUGGAAAAUUGGAGUGUAAAUGUAGCCCUGGAUACACGGGAGAGAGGUGUGAGGUCUCCGUUUGUUACAACUUUUGUUUCCAAGGAGACUGUACCUUAUCAUCUGAAGGCCAACCAAUGUGCAGAUGUCAAAAUGGGUUCUCGGGAAUCAGAUGUGAAUUGGAUGCAUGUAAAGGGUAUUGUUUAAACAACGGCGUAUGUUCACGGUCUAGACAGAAUCCCACAUGUCAAUGCGGCACUGAUUACGAGGGUUCAAGGUGCGAGACCCUCAAGGUGUACACAACUACAAACACCAGCGUACCAGUCACGAGUCUUUUGUUUUCUUCUUUCAGCUGCACAGAAAAGGUUCUAGCCACAUCACAGCAAUUAUCAGAGAAUUGGAAAGAAGGAGAAGUAACACAAACUGUGUGCAAUCCUGAAUGGGACAGCGUGAGGGACCCAGUGAUUGUUGUGCUCGGGAUUUUAAGUGGAGUACUGUGUAUCAUUUGCACUUUCCUGGUCACCAAGGUGUUACAACUGAAGAAGAGGCCAAGAAUAAAGAAACGCAUCAUAGUGAAUAAAAACGUGACACCCAUGACAGCAAGGCCUGAUCAAUGCGAGAUCACCAUAGAGAACUGCUGUAACAUGAACAUUUGUGAAACUCCUUGCUUUGAACCGAGAUCGACAAUUAGACCAACGCUAGGCGACUCAAAACCCGGCAAAGAAGAGAAGAAAAAUCUCAUCGCCAACAUGGAGUACCCAGAAGAAUACUAGCAUAAACCAAUAAUACGCUGUGUGAACAAUACAAGGUGAUAUAUACGAAGAACUGUCAGCCAACUUCAUUUUAUUGAUAAAGAUAUUUUUAAAUAUGAAAGACAUUGAUUUGUUUCCAUUAUCUAUCAGCGAUGACGGAAAGUAAAAGAGUAUUUUAAUGACAGUAAUAAUUUAAUAUUUAACGAGCUCACGUGAACUAUAUUUUAUUUUAUGAUAACAUUUGAUGAACUGGGGAAGUUUUUCACAUCACCACUUUAAAUAUACAUUAUAUCUUGCACAACUAUAAGUCCUUCGCACAAUUUUAUACUUUAUGUGCCGAUAAUAAUAUAUUACAUUAUUCACUGUCGUUUUAAAAUCCUUUUUUUUUAUCAUAAUAGAGAUUUAUAUAGUAAGUCUGACUGGAGUGUUAUUGCUUAAGCUGUAAAACUUAUAAUUUAACCAUCAAUUGUCAAAUAUAGUAAUUAACAACAAAAUGCAGAUUAACUAUUUAAAGAAUUAAAUAUUAUUUACCCCUAUAUUAUUUGAAAUGGAGCGUGACACGUUCUUCGUUACAUAUUACAUCUAAUAUAACAAAAUUGUGAUAUUAAUACACGACUGUUUUGGAGAAAUAGAUGUCGUUAGGCUGUGUUCUUAUUGGCUGCUAAAAUUUGAGUGGGAAGCCACUAAAUUUUAGGCCAUAAAGUUUUAGAUGUCUGGUGUUUAUAUCGGAAGUAAUCAUUCGAAAUUUUCAUGGGAUGGCAUAAGCACGUGCCUUUUAAUAUAAACGCGUAAGCAACAACUGCUUUUGUAAAUAUAAAAAGCGUUUUUUAUUACAAAAUAGUUCUAGGUAAUUAACAUUAUCUAAGAAGCUACUCAUGCCAAACCAUGUUGAUUUUAAACUAGAUUUGCGACGUUUUCGUUGUUAUAAGUAACCAAAGCAUAUUGUUUCCAUGUAAACUUUCCAUUUCAUGAAUUAAUCAUUAUUUAUAAUAACGAAGAAAAAGUCAAAAGAUCAUAAAUAGCAUUUACAAUGAAUUAUUAAAUUAUCUAUACAUAUAUAGGUUCGUUAAAAAAUAUACCAAAUUUAUUUAAUAAGCUCAGAUAAUACAUUCAUUAAAUUUACCAUUACUUUGGUGUGGGAUCGUUUAGCCUAAUAAGGUCCACUGUUUUAAAGGCCCAAGUAACAACAAGUCAACAAAAAUAUAUUUGUAUUAGAGCCUUAAGCUCGUGCGGCUAAAAUACAUUCGAAUUACAGUGCUCCUAUGUUCAUGCGAUUAAAAUACAUUUGAAUUACAGUUCUAUGCUCAUACAUUUAAUAACAGUUCGUACAGACUGUUGACGGCGGAAGUGUAAUUAAAAGGUAUUCUAGUUAGUUUUUUUCGUGGGCCUUCUUAUGCACUACCUUUUACUUAAUUAUGUAACCAAUAUAAUUUUGGAUAUUCGUCUUCAGUAUCUUCUUUAAUUAUAUAUGCAGAAAAUGACGUUAAUAUUUAAUGUUAAGUUCAUCAAAAAUUGACAUUUUUAACAAAAAAAAAAUGUUACCCAUAUUCCAUUAUUGUAUUCACAUUUGUUUAUCUUGAUCAGUUCUUCCAUAUCGUUUUAUAAAAUCUACUUGUUGACUAUUUAUAACAUGUUAUGAGUGAAUUUGCUAUCAAUCAACGUAUUGUAUGCUUAGGAUAGUUAUUUAUGAAGCGUAUGGGACAGUGAAAGCUUUUUGUAAAUGGUAUCGUAUGAGGUUAAGAUGUCUGUCAUUAUUAUGCACGAUGUAUGCAUAAUAAUGACAUCUUAACGUUAGCUGAAUGUUAUUUAAAUCCAAGUUAUUUCUAGUAUAAUAUACGUUCAACAGGACAUCAGGUUAUACAAAUCUGGCAAAUCAAAUACGACAUACCUUUUAAAUGUUUUCACUGAAGCGUGUUAAAUGUGCCAAAUUGCAUCAAAAUCCGUCAUCUUAAACAAAUCGUUUUCACUGUUUUAUAAAUCUUCUAUAUGGUAUUUUGAAGUGGCAAAUUUUAUUUAUCCUAAAACAGUACUUACAAUAUUCGUUUUUUUUUUGUUGAUGUCAAUGCCCUAUUCACAUGGGAAGUACGCAGAGCACUUUCGAAAUAUUCAAGAGAUUUCAUAUUACACCGCUGAUAAUCAACUGUGCUCGCAUAUUCAAUGUGGAAUAGUAGUAUUGUUAUUAAGAAAUAUUGUGCAUUAAUGUACUUAUUUAAACAUUCGUAUGUACUUAUUAAAAAAAAAAUUCAUAUGUAAAAAAAAAGUCAAAUAUACAUUGACAUACUUAAUUUAAUAUUCGAAUGCCCUUAUUUAAUUUGAAAAUCAAAUUUAUAUUGCCAAUAUCCAUUUUUAGUAUAGAACAACCUCAGUGACGUGUGUUCGUAGUAAUAUUUAGAAAUCGGUGUCUCCUGUCUCGACAAAGCUUGCCAGAGCACCGGCCACGUGCUUUUUUGGAUUUAGAAUAAGAUUUUUACGUUCCUACAAUUCUAAACCUACAGUACCUCGCGCUAAAGACCUUUUUUAAUUAAUAAACUGCCAAAGUUAUAAUAAUUACCACAUCUAACAGUGCCAGAAUCUCAAUGUUUAGCUUUUCAAAAAAAAAUUGGAAUGAUUUUGUAUAUUUUAAUUUAUUGUUAUUACACUACAAAAGGGACAUUUUAUUGAAUACACCGAGUAAUUUUAUUUUUAAACGACUAUUACGUAUUUGGCUGAUAUUUUUUCAAGCUAUUUCGUAUGUCUUAUUUCAUGGUACUUAGAGAACUUAGACAAUUUAGAUAUAGAUUUUUUUAUUAGAAUUAGUUUAGUUCGUGGAUUAAUAAUAUCCACAUCAGAAAUGUGAUAUUAUUGAGUCUUUGUAUAAGCAUUAGUAUAGAAGAAAAACAUGAUUUAAUAUUAAAAAUAAAAAUCAUUUCGAAAUGAUCACUGU